AUGUCUGAUGAUAUUGACUGGUUACAUAGCCGCAGGGGUGUGUGCAAGGUAGAUCUCUACAGCCCAACUGGACAGCAAGAUCAGGAGCGUAAAGUGAUAUGCUUUGUUGAUGUGUCCACACUGAAUGUGGAAGAAAAAGAUUCCAAGGGUGUAGGCUGUUCCAGUUCAGACAGUGAACUAAACUUGGGAGACCUGGAAGAUAAAGAAAUUAUUGUGAUCAAGGACACUGAAAAGCAAGAUUUAUCUAAGACUGAAGGAUCUGUGUGCCUUUUCAAACAAGCUCCCUCUGAUCCAAUAAGUGUCCUCAACUGGCUUCUCAAUGAUCUUCAGAAGUAUGCAUUGGGUUUCCAACAUGCAUUGAGCCCCUCAUCCUCUAGCUGUAAACAUAGAGUAGGAGAGAUGGAACAAAAAUGUCAAAAAUACCCCUCUGACAACUGCUACAGUGUCUACGCUGACCAACUGCACACAGACUAUAAAACCAAAGGAUCUCACAGCUUAAGACUUAUGGAAACGACAGCAUCCAAAAACACCAACAAUAACCAGAGCCCUUCCUCUCCCCCUGGUAAAUCGCCUAGUAAUCAGAAAGCAGUUACCUCACCUGAUGGAGAAUGUUCUAUGGAUGACCUUUCUUACUAUGUCAACCGACUAUCUUCUCUGGUAAUCCAGAUGGCCCGUAAGGAAAUCAAAGAAAAGUUGGAAGGAGGAGGCAAAUGUCAUCAUCAUUCAAACUUUCCGCAAUGUGGAGAAAAGGGGAAAAACAGCCCCCGUAGUGUUUUGAGCAAGAUUGCCUCAGAAAUGGCCCAUGAUGCUGUGGAAGUCACCUCUGCAGAAAUACGAGGCAACGGGGAGGAAUGCAAAGAAGGAAGCCGGAAAAGUUUUCUAUAUAGUGAAUUAGCUAACAAGAACAAAGGUGGAGACAAACAAAUGUGCCAGAGAGAUAGCAAGGAAUUUGCAGAUUCUAUCAGUAAAGGGCUCAUGGUUUAUGCCAAUCAGGUUGCAUCUGACAUGAUGGUUUCUGUUAUGAAAACUCUGAAAGUACAGAGCUCUGGGAAGCCAAUUCCAGCCUGUGUGGUCCUAAAGAAAGUGCUGCUAAAACACACCAAGGAUGUUGUGUCUGAUUUGAUCGAUUCUUGCAUGAAAAACUUGCAUAAUAUCACUGGUGUUCUGAUGACAGACUCAGAUUUUGUCUCAGCUGUUAAGAGAAAUCUAUUCAAUCAUGGAAAACAAAAUGCUGCUGAUAUCAUGGAGGCCAUGCUGAAGCGUUUGGUCAGUGCUCUUCUUGGUGAGAAAAGAGAAACUAAAUCGCAGUGUCUGUCAUAUGCAUCCUUGAAAGCUGGCUCUCAAGACCCCAAAUGCAAGAACCAAAGCCUGGAAUUCUCAGCUAUGAAGGCUGAGAUGAAGGGAAAGGAUAAAGGCAAAAUGAAAUCAGAUACACGCAAGUCACUGACCAGUGCUGAGAAAGUCGGUGAGCACAUCCUAAAGGAAAGCUUGACCAUGUGGAAUCAAAAACAAGGAAACCCAAGCAGGAUGCCUCAAAAAUUGCCUUCAAGUCAAGAUGAUAAACGAGAAAAGAUCAGCCCUUCCACUGAUUCACUGGCAAAGGAUUUGAUUGUCUCAGCCCUUAUGCUUAUCCAGUAUCACCUUUCUCAGCAGGCCAAAGGCAAAGAUGCAUCUGAUGAUGAUGGCUGCCCUCCUCCAUCGGGAUACUUGACUCAGACUGCCCAAUAUGAAAAACGUGGAAAUGGCCAAAAUGCCAAAGCACUUUCAAUGAAACAUCUAGAAACACACAGAUCUUCUGGACCAACCACCUCUACCAAAGAUUCUCAACAUCUAGACUCCCAGAAACUGGACAUGUCAAACAUGGUUCUAUCACUGAUUCAGAGACUUCUCAAUGAUAGCCCCUUCAGCUGUGAGGAUCCAUGUGAAGGUGAGAAUAAGCACUCUGAACCCAAGGCAAACAAAUCAACUUCUAUGUCCACUAGACCCGAAAAAGGGGAAGAACAAUGCCAGGAGAGUCAAGACCUUGACUUUAUCAGUGGGAUGAAGCAAAUGAACCGGGAGUUUAUAGAUCAGCUGGUUGAAUCUGUUAUGAAGCUGUGCCUUAUAAUGGCUAAAUACAACAACAAAGGAGCACCCUUCAAUGAACUGGAAGAACAAGCAUCGUCCUCCAACACCAACUUCCGUACUUGUCCUCCCCCCAAAUGUUGUCAUGAAUCUAUGGCAUCUUUUCAAGAACGUCCUGGACCCGAAGUCAUCGUCAAUAAUCAGUGUGCAACUAGUAGCUUACAGAAACAACUCCAAGCUGUCCUGCAAUGGAUUGCAGCCUCCCAAUUUAAUGUUCCCAUGCUAUACUUCAUGGGAGAUGAUGAUGGACAACUGGAAAAGCUCCCUGAAGUAUCAGCUAAGGCAGCAGAGAAGGGGUACAGUGUAGGGGAUCUACUUCAAGAGGUCAUGAAGUUUGCCAAAGAACGACAACUGGAUGAAGCUGUGGGGAACAUGGCAAGAAAACAACUGCUAGACUGGCUGCUCACUAACCUGUGA